AUGCCUCCCCGCCGCCCACAGACCAUCGAAACCCUACUCCCCCCCAUCCUCGACCUUCUCCCCGACACCUACUCUGCCCACCAAAAAGCACUCACCACAAGCGCCCGUAUCCUCCACGCCAACCCUCCUCAGCAUGCUGUCGCCGUCGAGAUUUUUUUCGCUGUCGGGAAGGAGCUAUUGAAGCUUGGUGAAGGUGGCUCCGGCACGGAACUGGGUGUCAAGAUGGUGGACACUAUGAGCGCUGCUGGCGUCGAUGUUCCCGACAAGACAAGAGCAAACGUGACUCAACUUUUGGCCUUGACGCCCACUACCGGACCAUGGCGGAAGAAGCUCGUGGACGCUGCGAUCAGGUGGACGCAAAGCACUGGCGAGUGUCCCACUGGUGAUCCCAAUCUGCAUCAAUACGUUGGAGAGCUGUACUAUCGAGAGAAACAGUUUGUCCCGGCUGAACAGUACCUCUUGGCUUCUGGCAAGAGGGAUGCGGCCGUCACGCUGGCCAACAUGAUGUACGAAUGGUGCCAAAAGGGCGCUCUGGACCCAGGACCAUAUGCCCUCCGUGGCGUCCUUCCCCCGCUCCUCCACUCACCCCCGUCCAUUCUCCCCGCCAUCACAUUCAUCACCACCUUCCUUUCCCUCCUCUCUUCCCCCUCAUCUCCAUUCCACCCGCAUAUCCACCCCGCUAUUCCCUCCCAGACUGACGCCUCUUUGCCGGAAAUCGUGGUGACUGCGAGCCCGAGUUUGACCUUCGCGCAGUUGGUCGUUGUGACGGUGCAACAUGCGCCGAAGAAGGGCACGUCCGCGAUUGAGGCGCGUGGGACGGAUGGGGGUGUUGCAAGAGAGUGGAGGAACCUUUGCAUGAGGUAUAGCAAAGUCAGUAGCGUUGUGGCGCAAAGGGAGGUGCAAGAGGCUCUCUCGCAGAUUGCCGUCGAAGUCUUCCUUGUGCAGCCUCCCCGGCAGGCUGGCAAUGCCGACUUGCUGCAAAACCUCAUGGGCUCUUUGUUCGGUGGAGGCGGCGGGGGCAGCAGAUGA